AUGGGGGAUGAGGCGUUCGCGGCGGGUGCGGUGCCGCAGGGCGGCGCGCCGCGCGCCACGCUCGAGGAGCUCGAGGCGGCGGCGCGCGUCACCAACGGGCGCGCGUACCACGACCGUGUGUCGUACGACAUGGCGCAGUGGCUCCGCAAAAGGGGGCGGCCUAUGCGGCCGAAGCUGUCGCGGAGACAGCGAAAAGAGCUCAAGGAGUGCUUCGACUUCAUCGACGAGGAUGAGAGCGGGGCUAUCGAGCUCGAGGAGCUCAUGGAGGCCUUCAACCUGCUCGGACUCGACAUCUCGGUCCAGGAGGCCAAGCGCAUGAUGCAGGUGGUGGACCGGGACGACUCGGGCGCGGUGGAGUUCCCGGAGUUCAUCGAAAUCAUGACCAGCACCCUCGCGGAGCAGACACAGGAUCCUGCGGGCAAGAACAUCCACAAGAGGGAGCCACCAAAGAAGCCCCAGAAACAGAAAGACAGAUUCCAGCCCCUGCCCACACGGGAGGAAAUGCAACGAGACCGCUCAGCGGCGCUCCGCGGCAUGAAGGCUCGCGCGCACACCAUGCGGAUGCUCCACGUGACGCCGGACGCGGGCGCAGGCGCGGGCGGGCCCGCAGCGCCGGGCGGGGCCGCCGCGGAGGCGGCGGGGGUCUCGGGGCAGGACCGCAACCUCCACGCGGGCGCAGGCCUCCUCUCGGAGCGCCGCAAGGUCGGCGAGGCGGCCCCGCUCAUCCUGCCGGGCCGUACGCAGGGCAAUCUGCUGCCGUUCAAUCUAGUGGCGCAGGCGUACCGGCGCAUGAAGAUCCUGGACGCGCUGUCCGCGGGCGACCAGGACAUGACGAACCGGCUGGUCGAGCGCGCGGUCCAGGACGCCCGCGAGCAGAAACGCCAGGAGGAGCUGCGGCGGCAAAUUGCCGCGAAACGGGAGGCACGGGCGCGGCAGGAGGCCGAGGAGCGCGCGGCGCGGGAGUCCGAGCUCGAGGCGCUGCGCCUUCGGCGCCGCGGCGGCGCGCGCGCGAGCUACGCCGGCGCGGCGGCGGCAACAGCAAGCGCACGCAAAUCGCAGGACAACGCGCUGAACGCGAGCCUGCUGCGGUCGAUCGCGGCGAUAGGACAGCGGGCGCUGUCGGUCGAGGGCAGCGACGGCGCGAGCAGCAUGCAGAGCGCCGGCGCGUUCACGGACAACGAGCGUUUGUUGGGCUUGAGCCCGGAGGAGGUGCGCGGCAUGGCGCUGGACUCCGACGCGACGAUUCUGCAGGUGCCGCCGCGGAACUCGCUCGCGGGGUUCGCUCCGGUGUCGGGGCAGGGGAGCAUGCCGGAGGUUGCGUCGCCGCGGCGGGCGUGGGAGGCGUCGGGGGCGGGGCCGUGGGUGCGGGGCACGAGCGCGGUCAUGUCGCCGCGGCCGGCGACGACGGGCUCGCAGCGGGUGCGCGUGACGCAGGCGAGCACGCUGCGGCCGGCACUGCCGGCCGCAUCAGGGGUGGAGUCGGAAUCCGACACCCCCAUGCGCGCUGCAGGCAGCAUGGCGCUGUCGAGCGCGGAUGAGGGCGACGCGGCCGGCGCGCACACGGAGCUCACAGUGCACGCGGAGAUCUCGCUGGACUGGCCGGGGGGAGUCCCCCCCAAGCCCGAGGGGAGUGAGGGGUACAAAUCACAAGUGCGCCGACGCGGGCGGGUCUCUGCGAGCUCGAAUUGGGCCGAGCCGGCUGCGAGCGUCCGCGUGCGGCCGCCGGCCAAGUACGGCCGCGCUCUCCCGUCGAAUUACGUCUGGACGAUGCCGCGCAACCACCCCGUGCGGCCGAACAGCGCACAGGCGAAAUCGAUUGACACGGGUCGCGUGCGGCGGCGUUCGCGGGCGCUGGGCGCGCCGGACUCGUCGUCGCGGGACGCCUCGCGGUCCCGGUCGGCCUCGCGGCCGCGCCGCGACGGCAGCGCGGCGCCCCGCCGCGACGGCAGCGCGGGACCGGCCGCCGUGUCCGGGCGGCCCACAACGGCCCCGGCGGGCGCGACGCGGCCGCGCGCGACGUCCGCGAGGCCGCAGGGACGCGCGGGCGCCCGCCCGGAGACGGCGGGUCCGCACCGCGGCCGCUCUUCCGCCGUGUGGGUCGCCCAGCAGCAAAAGCGGCCCGAACCCCCGAACCUGGAGCCGCCGUUCACAGUGCAGCGCCCGCGCGUGUCGUCGACGUUCCAGGCGAGCGAGGACCGCCCCGCGAGCGCUGCGUCGGCGGCCGCCGCGCCAGCGCGCGGCUCGUCCGCCCGCGCCGCGUCCGCGCGCGGGUCGUCCGCCCGCGCGUCGUCAGCAAAGGGCCCAUUCAAGUCUCUGUUGAUGUGCACGGACUCGCUGGGGUCGAACCAAGGCGACGGCGCGAUCUCUACACCGCUGGGGUCUCCACACAUCGGGCCGUCGUCGCCGCCGGGGGGCAUGCUGCGCGCGAUUCAGGAAUCGGAGCCAGUACAGCAUCACGACGCUGCUGAGGAGGGGGGGGAGUUUAGCGGAGGUAUGACGCUGUCGCGGUACUUGCGUGAGCAGGACCGAGCGGGGUCUGGGUGGCCGGGGCCGCGCAGCUCCGGGCCGUCCGCGCGGCGGCCCGUGUCGGCGGCGCCGGGGGCGCGGGGGGGGGGAGUUGGGGCGGAGGACUCCAUGUUCGGGGGGCUGCAGCAGGCGCAGCGGCCGGUGUCGGCCGGGGCGGCGACGUGGACGCCGCUCACGACGAUGGCGGUGCCGUCGGCGCUGCCGCCGAAGAGCGGUCGUCGGCAACGGAUUGAAGCGGUGCGGAAGAUGCGGGCAGUCGAGUCGCGGAAUCCAGUGGGGGCGCUGAUGCGGCUGCGCAGCGCGACCACGCGGGCGAUCGCGACGGCGUCGGCCGAGCUGCAGGAGCGGGAGCGCGUCUGGGCCCAGCAGUGA